AUGAUAAAAAUAUAUCAAUUUUUUAUUAAGUUCUUUUUUCAUCCUGAAGAAUCAGCUGAUGUAGAACCAAAAAAAAUAAUGAAUUUAUGGACAUUGACAUUUAUAAAUCAAGAUUUAGAGGUAAAAUAUUCAAAUAAAGAGAAACAAAGAAUUAUAGUAUUGUUUCGAUUGUAAUACUUAAUUCACUUCCUCAUUAACUUUAUCUAUUUCGUUAACAAUCAAUUUUUUUUGAAAAAUUAUUUAGUAGCUUAUUUUAGGGUGGCAUUUUGCUUUUGGCACAUAGUUUGCAUGAUAUCAUAAGCUAACAUAAAAAGAAUUCAUUAUAAAUCAUUUAUUGCAAUUUCUGAAUUUUUAAGUUGUGUGAUAACAAUCCUCAUAACCUAUGUCUAUGUAUAGGCUUAAUUGAUAAAUAAAUAAUGUGGUAGAUAGACUACAUCAUAAGCUGUCAGUACAGGAAUAUAAACUGGAAUUAUUAUUAUUAGUUAUUUACUAGUUUGUCCUUUAUGGUUCAUUUAAGGAUUAAUAUUAAUAGCUGCAACAAUUUUAUUCAUUGGAUUAGUUGGAAAUCUGGCAUCAAUAUAUUGGACAUUUUAUGUUCUUUUGUUAAUGAUGCUGAUAUUCUUUAGAUUUCUUGAAUAUUAUAAAAGAAUAGAUUUCUAUACAAUAUGUUAAUAGACUUCAAAUUUACAUGCAUGUAAGAACAUUUUUGACAAAACAGUUCCAAAUUCAAUACUAAUUCUAACUGAGAAUAAUGAUGAUUUAUAAGAUUCUACUAAUUAGUGUAAAGAAAUGAAGUUAAUUUAUAGUAAUGAUUUUGCUAUAAAAUAUUUAUAAGUUUCAGAUGAAAAUGAAAUAAUUAAAAAGUUAAAAAGUAUUUACAUACAAACAGAAUAAGAAUCUAUGUAGGAUACUUAUAAUUCAUUUGUUAGUAUUUAUGAUGUUUUAUAUUAAAAAAUGGGACAAUUUGAAGAAUAAUUUAUUUAGUAAUUAAAUACAAAUCAAACUUCUAUACUUUAAAAUGAAUAUGAUAUAUCAGAAUUUAGUGAUUAUUUUUUAUGUUUUAGAUUUGACUCUUAAAGUCAAGUAGCAUUAUCUUAAAAAUAAUAAUUAAAAAUAAAAUCACAUUUUGAAAUCAGAGUUUUACAUUGUAUUUGGGAAAAUAAACAUUCAAUUUUAGUUAUUAUGAAUGACAUUUCUGAAAAGAUUAGAUUAAAACAUUUAAAAGAAUUAGAUUAAUAUAAAGAUAGAUUAUUAGCAACAGUAUCUCAUGAUUUGAAAACUCCAUUAAAUGGAAUGAUGAUUGGCAUUAAUAUUAUGCAAAAUAUUUUAUAAUAACCAUCAAAUAUUACAAUAAAUAAUAUCAAAUAACUUUGUGCUCAUCUUGAUGAAUUUAAUCAAUCAGGUUAAUUAUUAUUAUCUAUGAUUAAUGAUUUACUAGAUUAUAGUCAAAUUAAUAAAGGUUAUUUGAGAUUGAUUCCAAAAGCAUUCAAUUUGAAUAAUACAUUCAAAUUUAUUAAUUCAUUAUUACUUAGAUAAUCUAAUGAAAAGGGAGUCUAAUUGAUUUGGAACAAUUAAAUUGAUCAAAAUCACUCUGAUUUAUAUACAGAUGAAAAUAGAUUAAAAUAAGUUUUAAUUAAUUUAGUUGCUAAUGCCAUUAAAUUCACUAUGUAAGGGGAGAUUAUUAUAACAGCAAUUUAACCAGAUGAAUAAGAUAUUAUUGAAAUUUCUGUAUCUGAUACAGGAUAUGGAAUACCUGAUGAUAUAUAAAAAAAUCUCUUUAGAUUAUACAGUACAUUUGAUAUAGGUAAUAACAAUAGACAUGAUGUUGGAUUAGGAUUAACUAUUAGUUAAUAACUUGUAUCUUUAUUAGGACCUAAUGAUAAAAUUGAAUUAAAAUCUUAAGUAGGCAAAGGUUCUACUUUUAAAUUCAUUAUUUUUAGAAGAUUACAUCAAUCCUUAGAAAAUUCAAUGCAUGAAUAGGAUUUUAAUGAAAAAUAAAUUGUUCCUAUAUUUCCUACUUUUACAAAUUUAAACUAAAUUAUUAAAAAGAGGAAAACUUAAUAAAAGAAAGCAUAAACUUAUUAUAAAUUAGAGUCUCUUUCUGAUGAAUAUUUAAAAGUAUUAAUUGUUGAUGAUACUCCUUUUAAUAUCAUUGCCUUAAGUGCAAUGUUAAAUUAAGUGAUUUGUAAUUGUAAACUCUAUAAAGCUUUCAAUGGAAAAUAAGCAUUUGAUAUAUACUCUAAAGAAUAAAUGAGUGUCAUUUUUAUGGAUGUAAAUAUGCCAGAAAUGGAUGGUUACUAAUGUACAUAAGAAAUAAGAAAAUUUGAAUAAAUGUAGAAACUAACAUAAUCUCUAAUAAUAAUUGUUACUGCUUUCACAGGAUCUGAUGAUAAACUUAAAUCUUAAAAAUGCGGAGCUAAUGAUCAUUUAGACAAACCUUUAAAUAUGGAGGAUUUGAAGUAAGCUAUGAAAAAGUUCAGAAUAAUUUGA